AUGAUGAUGAGAUGUUAUACUUUUUUGUUGCUGCUUCUUCUUCUUCUUGAUACUCCAUCUUCCACUUGUUCAUUGGUGUUGCCACUAUGCAACCACCAUGACAACUCAAACCUGCUCCAAUUCAAGAACUCAUUUUCCAUCGACCUUUCAUCGUACAAUGAUUGGGCGUGCUCCUCUUAUUCCAAGACAGCAUCAUGGAAAAACGGUACUGAUUGUUGCGAGUGGGAUGGUGUCACGUGCAACACCACAUCGGGCCACGUGAUUGGGCUUGACCUCAGUUGCGGCAUGCUUGAAGGCGAGUUUUAUCCCAACAGCACACUGUUCCAUCUGACGCAUCUUCAACAACUCAACCUUGCUUUCAAUGACUUCUCCGAGUCUCUAAUAUAUCCUGGAAUUGGUAAUCUUGUGAGUCUCACCCAUCUCAAUCUAUCACACUCAUCAUUUAGCAGUCAUAUUCCGUCCACAAUCUCACACUUGUCUAAAUUACUCUCACUUGAUCUCUCGGAUAAUGAACUGAGACUUGAUGAAUCCACAUGGAGCAGACUCAUUGGUAACACCACUAACUUGAAUGAGCUACUUCUAGAUGCGGUAGACAUGUCUUCUGUCAGAGAAACUUCAUUGUCUUUGUUGAUGAAUUUGUCAUCCUCUUUGUUGUUCCUGCAUCUUCCUUUCGCUCAAUUGCAUGGAAAAUUUCCAACUCGUAUACUUGGUUUAACUAAUCUUGAAGAACUAAGUUUGAAUGACAAUGUAGAGAUGAAAGGUGAACUUCCAAAGUCUAACUGGAGCAGUCCUCUAAGGAUCUUGGAACUCUCUUACACAGCUUUCUCAGGAGAAAUACCUGAUUCCAUUUCCCAUUUGAAGUCUCUUAACCAACUAAGGCUACGGAAUUGCCAAUUUGAUGGAUUAAUUCCUGUGUCUUUGUGGAACCUCACUCAAUUAACAGAAUUGGACCUUUCAGGAAAUAGACUUCAUGGUGAGAUUCCAUCUUUGCUUUCAAACCUCAAACAUCUCACCUUCUUAGCUCUUAGUCGUAAUGCGUUCAGUGGUCACAUCCCAGAUGUGUUCGACAACUUCACUAAAUUACAUACCUUGGAUCUUUCUUCUAACAGUCUAGGAGACCAACUGCCAUCAUCGUUAUUUGAUCUAACUCAACUUUCUUACUUAAGUCUAUCUUCUAAUCAAUUAAUCGGCCCAAUUCCAAGCAAAAAUGCCACACUUCCAAAAUUAGAAACACUAGAUUUGGAUAAUAACUCUAUAAAUGGGACAAUUCCAGACUGGUGCUAUUCUUUGUCUUCAUUGAGAGAUCUAGAUCUUAGCAUGAACCAGCUCACAGGGCCAAUUAGCAAAUUCUCCACUUAUUCAUUGGAAAAUUUAGUUCUCUCUAAUAACAAAUUUCAAGGUGAUUUUCCAAAUUCGAUCUUUGAAUUUCAAAAAAACCUCGCUCGUUUGGAUGUGUCAUCUAAUUACUUGAGUGGUCUUUUGGACUUUUCUUAUUUUUCAAAGUUGGAAAAUUUAAAUUCUCUUGAUCUUUCUAACAAUAAAUUUCUCUCUGUUGAUAGUAAUAGUAGGGUGGACUAUGUCUUACCGCAACUUGAAUAUUUAACUUUCUCCUCUUGUAGUGUUACUGUUUUUCCUUCAUUCCUACCUAGAGUACAAAAUCUAAGAUGGUUAGACCUUUCUAACAAUAAAAUCCAUGGAAAGAUUCCCAAUUGGUUUAGUGAUAAUCUCUUGCACACAUGGAUGAGCAUGGACUUUAUUGACCUUAGUUUCAACCAGCUGCAAGGAGAUCUUCCAAUUCUACCAUAUGGCAUCAGUUACUUUUCAGUUUCAAACAACAAGUUCACAGGAGGCAUUUCUUCAACAAUAUGCAAUGCAAGCUCCCUCAAUAUGCUAAUCCUGUCUCACAACAAUUUGACUGGCAAGAUUCCACAAUGUUUGGGAUCCUUUCCUUGGCUUCAGGUUUUGGAUUUUCAAAUCAACAACUUUUAUCGAAGCAUACCUGAAAACUUCUCCAAGAGUAAUGCUUUUGAGACUAUUAAGUUGAGUGGCAACCAUUUAGAAGGACCAGUACCACAGUCUUUGGCAAAUUGCACAAAACUGCAAGUUCUAGACCUGAGUGACAAUAACAUAGAAGAUGUAUUUCCCAGUAGGCUAGAAGCUCUUCAGGAACUACAGGUACUCAGUUUACGAAACAACAAAUUUUAUGGUACCAUCACUUGUUUGAGUAAGAAGCACCCAUUUCCAAAGUUGAGAAUUUUUGAUGUGUCUAAUAACAAGUUUAGUGGCCCUUUGCCAAUGCAAUGCUUUCAAGAGUUUCAAGGAAUGAUGACUCUGAAUGAUAGUACCCCAGAGUAUAUGAUUACUAGUGGUAACGACUUCGACUUAUAUAAUGACUCUGUUGUGAUCAUUAUGAAAGGUGAAGUGAUAGAAAUGUCAAGGAUAUUAACUAUUUUCACAACCAUAGACUUGUCAAAUAACAUGUUUGAAGGAGAAAUUCCACAUGUCAUUGGAGAAUUAAGUUCUCUCAAAGGGCUUAAUCUUUCUCACAAUAAAAUCAGUGGUAACAUUCCACAAACUUUGGGUAAUUUGACAAGUUUAGAAUGGUUAGACCUCUCAUGGAACCAACUGAAAGGUGAAAUACCUAUGUCUUUGACAAAUUUGAAUUUUCUGUCUGUCUUGAACCUUUCCGAAAACCAGUUGGAGGGAGUGAUACCAACAGGAAAACAGUUCAAUACAUUCCAAAAUGAUUCCUACAGAGGAAAUCCAAUGCUAUGUGGAUUCCCUUUGUCAAAGUCAUGCGGCAAUGAUGAAGAACAACCACCUUCAGUAUUUGCUGAGGCAAAAGAAUCAUUAUUUGGGUGGAAGUCAGUAGCAGUGGGAUAUGCAUGUGGAGUGGUGUUUGGGAUGUUCCUUGGAAGGUUGUUUAUAAAGACAGCGAAACCCUUGUGGCUUGCCAGACUGAUUUGUGGCUAUACUUAACAAAACAUGCACAGCAGAUCAGAGGCCAUGCAAAUUAUAUGAGACUGUGUUAGCUUCUUGUGUUUUUCUACUAUUUUUUUUUUCUGUAAU